CUGUGACCGGGGCAGCAGGUACUGAGUGGGGGGCUAUUGCUCUUUCAGGGGCCGGUGACCUUCGAGGAGGUGGCUGUGUAUUUCACCAGGGAAGAGUGGGCUCUGCUGGACCCCGCUCAGAAAGCCCUCUACCGAGACGUCAUGCAGGAGACCUAUGAGACUGUGACCUCGCUGGCAGGCGGUGGGAUGGCGUGUGGGAACAAAGAGCAGAAUCCUGAGCCGGAAGACAUCGAGGAAAUGGAACCGCCUGGGGCAUUGUUACAAAGAUCUCAAGGGAAUUUGUCCAUGAGUCGGGAGCAGGGAAAAGCCUGGCAGAGUCAGCACAGGCCAGAGAAGCAGCAGGAAAACCAGCAAGGGGAGGAAGUGGGUAAAACUAUUGAUUGUCAGGGAACUCACAAGCACCUCAAGGAAACCAGAGCCCAGGAGAGAAUCCCCAUGAGAGAAAGAAACAACAUUUGCCCUGAGUGUGGGAAAAACUUCAGUAGACAGUCACACCUUAUUCGUCAUCAGAGGAUCCACACAGGAGAGAAGCCCUACGAAUGUGGUGAGUGCGGGAAAACCUUCGCUUUGAGCUCAAACCUUAUUAAACACCAGAGAACCCACACGGGUGAGAGACCCUAUAAAUGCUGUGAGUGCGGGAAAGGCUUUAGCCACAGCUCACACCUCAUUAGACAUCAGAGGAUUCACACAGGGGAGAGACCGUACCAAUGCUGUGAGUGCGGGAAAACCUUCAGUUACCGCUCAGACCUUAUUACGCAUCAGAGAAUCCACACCGGGGAGAGGCCCUAUGAGUGCUGUGAGUGCGGGAAAACCUUCAGUUACCGUUCAGCCUUUAUUAGACAUCAGAGGAUCCACACAGGAGAGAGGCCCUAUGAAUGCUGUGAGUGCGGGAAAAACUUCAUUGACAGCUCAUCCCUUAUGAAGCAUCAGAGAAUUCACACGGGAGAGAGACCCUAUGAAUGCUGUGAGUGCGGGAAAAACUUCAUUGACAGCUCAUCCCUUAUGAAACAUCAGAGAAUUCACACGGGAGAGAGACCUUAUGAAUGCUGUGAGUGCGGGAAAAGCUUCACUCAGAGCUCAACCCUUACGAGUCAUCAGAGGACCCACAAGGGAUAGAGACCCUACAGAUGCUCUGAGUCUGGGAAAACGUUCCAUCAGAGCUUAGCCCUUAUUUAUCUCUGAGAAUCCACAAGGGAGAUAAACACCAUAAAACCUUGUCUAGGGUUGACAAAAGAUUUUAUUUUCUUUAAUACUUUUGCUAAUGCCCUCACAGUAAAUUUUGAGGCUAUUUCUACCAUUUGCAUCAGUGUUGUUUCUCCAGUCCUCCAGGUGAGUUGCGCACUCAUGCCUUUUGCAGCCUGCUCUUCUCCGGGGUGAAUCCGAUGGUCCUGUCUAUCAACUCCUUAUCAGGUGCCCCAGAGGGAAUGAACCGAACAGGGAAUCACCAAGUGAUCCACCCCUGUCGCCCAUUCCCAGCU